CCCUGCUCCCCCUGCAUGCAAUGUACAUUUCUUGAAGUGCUGCUGUCUGGUUUAUGAUAAGGCUGUUAUCUGUGCGCUGCAUGUAUGACAGCUCCGAGAAAACACCGCUUCUUCACCGGAGACCCACUGCAGCCUAAACUAGACGCACGUCCAGGCUGAGCCUACCAGUGUGCACACUUGGAUGGUGGGGGUCGUAGUGUGGGCAGCACCCAGGGCCAUGCAGCGUUACCCACGUUUGCCCAGGAGCCUCCGGCAAGAAUGUCGGUGAAGUUGAGAUUCAGUUCUAGUGAUGGUCUUGGUGGGGUUGGCCGGAGCAGGUCCUUUGCUGGUUUCAGUACAUUACAAGUUAGAAAGACCUCGCAGUCUCUUCGGAGAAAUUCUGUUAAGUCAAAGUUAUCGGUCCGGUCUGAAAAAUUAUACCCGUCUCUCAGGAAAGGAUCGAUCAGACUAGAUCCUCAUCCUCACCAAGUCAAGAAGAUAUUUGAUGCUUUAAGAAAAGGAUUAAACGAGUAUCUUGAAGAACAUCAAACACAGCUGGAUUUCCUAGCCAGCCAACAAAAAGACAUAAAAAGGAACUCCAGACUGGGUUACUUCUACGAUCUGGAUAAAGAAAUCCGCUCAAUUGAAAGACAUAUCAGGAAGCUGGAGUUUCAUAUAAGUAAAAUCGAGGAGCUGUAUGAAACAUACUGCAUACAAUGGCGGCUUCGCGUUGGGGCUUGUAACAUGAAGCAGGCAUUCUCCCUGUCUCCAUCUACAAAGGCGUCCAGGGAGAGUCUCAUAGAGCUGUACAAGAACUUCCAGGAGUGCACAGAGGAUAUGUGUAUGAUUGAAGGGGCGCUGGAAGUACAUCUGGGUGAAUUCCUCCUUAAGAUGAAAGGCCUGGUGGGUUACGCUCGACUCUGCCCUGGAGACCAUUAUGAGGUGUUAAUACGAUUAGGUCGCCAGAGGUGGAGGUUAAAAGGCAAGAUUGAAACAGAUGAUGGGCAAGUGUGGGAUGAAGAAGAGAGAAUGUUUAUACCCAACCUCUGUGAGAAUUUUGAAAUCAAGGUGAUUGAGCUGCGUGGUCUGACCACCAUCUUAGUCGGAGUUGUGACUUGUGAUAGUGCUGAUUUUUUUACCACCCGGCCAAGAAUAAUCAUCGUAGACAUCACCGAGCUGGGGACCAUUAAGCUGCAGCUUGAAGUAAUCUGGAACCCCUUUGAUAAUAGUAAGACCCUCUCCACACCUGGAAUGACCAACAAGUUUUCAAGUGUCAAGAAAGUCUCAUAUCACUGGACACCACCCAACACUCCCAGCUUCCGAGAAAAGUUUUACAUUCAAAGUGAUGUGGACAGCACAUACCCAUCUCUGGAGAAAGAUAUCCAGACACCAUACAUACUGAGUUACCUUGCCAACAGUGGGUUAGUCAAAGACCAUAACCAUCUAGAACCUAAUAUGGAACUGAACAGCGUAGACAGUCUGAAGAAUCUGGAUGGAAUUGAAGAUGAAGCUGCCUCACUUCCCAACCCACCCUCUUCGUGUGGGGAGAGAGUGUCGUAUUCUUCACGAGAACUACAGAAAAAUGUCAGGCUUCCAGACAGCAUCGGUCAGCCCCUAAGCCAUGAAACUUUGGAUAUUCUUAAAGAGACUCCUAAUCACUAUUGUGUCCAUCAACCUAUAAAGCCUGUAAGUUUGGAAUUUGACAAAGAUACCAACACAAGGUCCAUGGUGGAGAGCAUUACAGACAUCCCCCUUCUAGAGAAGAGUACAGAAAAGUCAACCUGUUGUGCGGAAAGUGACAAGCGAGGUGCUCUGGCACGUCAGCUGGAGGAGGUUCUAGACUUGCUUAGGUUGGAGGAUGUCACAAGGCGGAAGAUGAAGGAGAUGGAGCAGUCUGUUUUGAGCUUUAUAGAGAAAGUAAUGCAGCCAAGUCGUGGGCAGCAGUCUUCCUCUAUGGACAGUUUGAUGGUGGAGACGGCAUUGGAAAGUUUUGACUUCUUAAACCAAGAUUUCAGUACAGAUGACAUGUCUCUGUUUGGCAGUAUUCGCACACACAGCAAGAGUAACAGUACCUUCAAGGAGGCAGCAGAGCAGACCUACAGCUGUAUAAGUGAGUCUGAGCGGGAUGCCUGGAGCACUGGACAUGAGGACCUGGACACACUUCUAUCCGUCCAUUUGGAAAUCUGUAAAGCACUUUUAAAGAAACUGACCUCGCCAAACACAGCCAGGAUUAUACAGAAUCAUCUUUUGGAGGAAUUAUCCUGGCAGAGAGAGAUUCUCGAGGACUUGUCCAUUCUUUAUAGCCAGAAGGCAGAAGAGAAGGUCUCCAUUGAGGACAUUUUCCCAAAGACCAAGAAGAUCAGACAUUUCCUGAAGCUGUGGGAGAACUGUAUACAGCCUGAAUGUGUCUGGUUUUGCUCAUCUGACAUUUUUCUCAAUCAACUCAAGAAAAUGUUUGUGACAAAAAUCAAGGGGAAGUACCCGGGGCAGCUGGAAUCAGUUUUCAGAAGAGCACUGGAGCAGAUAUUUGGCUUUGGAGGGAUAAUGGCAUUGAAUGAGACUCCUGACAAUAUUGUCACCAUCUUCUUAUUUUACGGCUAUCUGCGGAAGUACCAUGUGGUGGAUCUAGAGAAACACUUUGCUGCUCUUACAAGAGAAGUCACUCUUAUCGGUGCGCUACAACUUCCUGGGCGUCUCAAGAGGAUUAAAAAAUUGAAAGCAAAGCAGAUCGCACGGCUCCAGCCUCUGCCACAGUUUCUGAGACUUGUGGCUGCUUUUCAGAUGGAUGAGAACGUGAAGCUGUGCAAAGUGGCUGCGAGAUUCCUCGGCAGGGCGGCGGCAAACAAACGCUUUAAGCAGAAGGCAGUGCUGUAUUACACGGAGCUCUUGUCGCACAGUGACGUGAAACUGCAGAGGUCAGCUUGCCUGGCACUGAAACAUCUGAAAGGCACUGCCAGCAUUGACCAGAUUGCAUGUUUGUGCCAGUCAGAAGUGGAGGAGGUGAGAAACACAGCUAGAGAAACCAUUGUGUCAUUUGGUCAAAAAGGAAGACAAGUUUUUGGAAAGACUGAUAAGAUCUGCCGCGAACUACAGGAAACGUUGACGAUAGAUGGAGAGAUAGAGAUCACAGUAUUCUGAGGACUAUGAUUGGCAGAAGGUUGGAUACAGAUUCAGGACUUUUCUUACUUUAACACUCCUAAAGGAAAAAAUUGCAUAGCUUCUACCCAGUUAAACAUACCUGUAUCAUCAUUUUCAAUAUCUUAGCUCCUGAAAACCGGAUGUAACUACAGCACAGUACAUUUGUACAGCAUGUCAAAUUAUUUCCAAUAUUACUGAUGAUACAUGUACAAAGUAAGACUAAAUGAAGGCCUGACUACGUCUUUUGUAAACGCGCCUAACAGCCAGAGCAACUUGCCAUUAGUUCGUCUUUAUACAGAGUCCAUGCAAGAAACUGAUAUACAGUAGGUGGUAUAUUGCUUGGCCUGUAUCUAAACAUGUUGAACUUGAGACCAAAGACUGAUGGUUCCCAGAGCUCCAGUGAAGUGCCCUUUGUCUUCAGUAGAGUGUUGUGGGACUGUUUUUAUGUGUUCUUACUAGUUUAAUAAUUUUUAUUCUUGAAGCAUAAAGCAAUAAACGAAGAACAAAAUAUGGCUUAUGUAGCGGAGUCAAUUGUGUCUCUCUAAUGUACACAUUGCUCUACUGAAGCCUGAGACGUUAGUUGUGAUAUAUAUAAAAAAUAAAAACACACCUGUAUUUCCUGUUAGAACAGAACCUGUACAUAAUGAAUUGUAGUGAGAGAUACUGAGUGUGUGAAUGAAGGAGUGGUGUUGGGGAAUAUAUCCAGCCACUGCUGUUGGUAAUGAAUGCAAUUCUGACUGGGUUACAGAAAAUGUAUAGUAUAUAUAUAUAUAUAUCUGUGUAUAUUAAAUCCUUAUACAUUCCAUGUUGUAUAUUUAACUUUGGUACACAACUAUGAAAUAAAGUUAAAUUUUUUUUUAGUUAAA